ACAUGGUUGAUCCGAAGUGUGCCCCGCAGGUCAUGGUUGAUUGCUUCCAGGCAUCUCAGGUUCUCAAGAUCCAGCUGGAACCUUCCCAUCCCGGUGCUCCCGACCCUGCAGAGGAACCAUCGCUAUUGCUGGAACCUGACAGAAACCCUAACAGAAGCCGGUUAUUGGACCAUCUCCCUGCAGCCUCACUCCCCACUGUGUACCAGGAACCUUGCAGCCCUGACAACCAGGAAUCCACUCUCUGUGUCUGUGGAUCGGCCUGUUCUGGACGUUUCCCAUCAUUGGAAUCACACGCUGUGUGUCCUCCUCCGUCUGGCUUCUCUCACCGAGCAUUGUGUUCUCAGGCUCCAUCCACGUUGCAGUGUGGCCGUCUCUCUGCUGCAGCCAUGGGGUCCGAGGAUCACGGGGCCCAGAACCCAAGUUGUAAAAUCAUGACGUUUCGCCCAACGAUGGAGGAGUUUAAGGACUUCAACAAAUAUGUGGCCUACAUCGAGUCCCAGGGGGCCCACCGGGCGGGCCUGGCCAAGAUCAUCCCCCCGAAGGAGUGGAAGCCACGGCAGACAUACGACGACAUUGACGACGUGGUCAUCCCGGCGCCCAUCCAGCAGGUGGUGACGGGCCAGUCGGGCCUCUUCACGCAGUAUAACAUCCAGAAGAAGGCCAUGACGGUUGGGGAGUACCGGCGCCUGGCCAAUAGCGAGAAGUACUGCACCCCCCGGCACCAGGACUUCGAUGACCUGGAGCGCAAGUACUGGAAGAACCUCACCUUCGUGUCGCCCAUCUAUGGGGCUGACAUCAGUGGCUCCUUGUAUGAUGACGACGUGGCCCAGUGGAACAUCGGGAACCUGCGGACCAUCCUGGACAUGGUGGAGCGCGAGUGCGGCACCAUCAUCGAGGGCGUCAACACCCCCUACCUGUACUUCGGCAUGUGGAAGACCACCUUCGCCUGGCACACGGAGGACAUGGACCUGUACAGCAUCAACUACCUGCACUUCGGGGAGCCCAAGUCCUGGUACGCCAUCCCCCCAGAGCAUGGCAAGCGCCUGGAGCGUCUGGCAAUUGGCUUCUUCCCCGGGAGCUCCCAGGGCUGCGAUGCUUUCCUUCGGCACAAGAUGACCCUCAUCUCGCCCAUCAUCCUCAAGAAGUAUGGGAUCCCAUUCAGCCGGAUCACGCAGGAGGCUGGGGAGUUCAUGAUCACGUUCCCCUACGGCUACCACGCCGGAUUCAACCACGGAUUCAACUGCGCGGAAUCUACCAACUUUGCCACCCUGCGGUGGAUUGAUUACGGCAAGGUGGCCACCCAGUGCACAUGCCGGAAGGACAUGGUCAAGAUCUCCAUGGACGUCUUUGUGCGCAUCCUGCAGCCGGAGCGCUACGAGCUGUGGAAGCAGGGCAAGGACCUCACGGUGCUGGACCACACACGGCCCACGGCCCUGAGCAGCCCCGAGCUGAGCACCUGGAGCGCCUCCCGGGCCUCGCUCAAGGCCAAGCUCCUGCGCAGACAAAUUAGUCUGAAAGAAAACAGACACUGGAAAAAGACUGAGGAGGAGAGGAAACCAAGUCUAGAGAGGAAGAAAGAGCAGACCAGGAGGCCGGGGCUGUCGUCUCACCGGAAGCGGAGCCAGCCCAAGAAGCCCAAGCCGGACGACCCCAAGUCUCCUGGCGAGGGGGCAGCUGGGACGGCCCUCCUGGAGGAGGCUGGUGGCGGCAUGAAGGAGGAGGCCACACCAGAGGCCGACCCCGAGGAGGAGGAGGAGGAAUCCCAGCCGCUGCCGCAGGGCCGGGAGGCCGAGGGCUCCGAAGAGGACGGGAGGGGCAAGCUGCGGCCAGCCAAGGCCAAGAGCGACCGGAAGAAGAAGAGCUAUGGCCCUCUGCACCUCCACCACCCGCUCAUGCCCCAGCUGCCGCCGCCCCCGCCCACCCAGUUCCCCACCGAAGAGGUGCCCCUGCUAGAGAUCCCGGCACCGGCCACCGGCCCUGAGGCCGCCGAGGAGAACCCCCCGCCACCACCUCUCAACGUGGUGCCCCCCGAAGCACCCAGCGAGGAGCCAGAGGUGAAGCCGCGCCCCAUCAUCCCCAUGCUGUUCGUGGUGCCGCGGCCCGGCCCGGCGGCAGGCGACAAGGGCCGCGUGUCCUGCCAGCAGGCCUCUGAGCACUUUGCCCAGAAGGGCCCCACCUGGAAGGAGCAGGUGGCCCCCAUGGAGCUGACGGGGCCCGAGGAGGAGAGCGGAGCCGGCGAGGUGCAGGCUCCGUCGACCUUUUCCAAGUUGAAGAUGGAGAUCAAGAAGAGCCGGCGCCACCCUCUGGGCAGGCCACCCACCCGGUCCCCGCUGUCUGUGGUCAAGCAGGAGGCCUCAAGUGACGAGGAAGCCUUCCCUUUCUCUGGGGACGAGGACGUGGGUGACCCCGAGGCCUUGAGGUCUUUGCUGUCCCUGCAGUGGAAGAACAAGGCGGCCAGCUUCCAGGCUGAGAGGAAGUUCAACGCGGCGGCCGCCCUGACGGAGCCCUACUGUGCCAUCUGCACCCUCUUCUACCCGUACAGCCAGUCCCUACAGACCGAGAAGGAGACUCCCCAGGCCUCCCUCGGGGAGGGCCCCUCGGCCACACCGCCUUCCAAAAGCGGUCAGAAGACACGGCCGCUGAUCCCCGAGAUGUGCUUCACCUCCAGUGGGGAGAACACAGAGCCACUCCCCGCCAAUUCCUACAUCGGCGAUGACGGGACCAGCCUGCUGAUCUCCUGUGCUAAGUGCUGCCUGCAGGUCCAUGCCAGUUGCUACGGCAUCCGCCCAGAGCUGGUCAACGAGGGCUGGACGUGUUCCCGGUGCGCGGCCCACGCCUGGACUGCGGAGUGCUGCCUGUGCAACCUUCGGGGAGGCGCCCUGCAGAUGACGACUGACAGGAGGUGGAUCCACGUGAUCUGCGCCAUCGCCGUCCCGGAAGUGCGGUUCCUGAACGUGAUGGAGCGCCACCCCGUGGACAUCAGCGCCAUCCCCGAGCAGCGGUGGAAGCUGAAAUGUGUGUACUGCCGGAAGCGGAUGAAGAAGGUGUCGGGCGCCUGCAUCCAGUGCUCCUGCGAGCACUGCUCCACCUCCUUCCACGUGACCUGCGCCCACGCCGCUGGCGUCCUCAUGGAGCCAGACGACUGGCCCUACGUUGUCUCCAUCACCUGCUUCAAGCACAAGUCGGGGGGUCACACUGUCCAGAUCCUGAGGGCCGUGUCCUUAGGGCAGGUGGUCAUCACCAAGAACCGCAACGGGCUUUACUACCGGUGCCGCGUCAUCGGCACCACCACGCAGACCUUUUACGAAGUGAACUUUGACGACGGGUCUUACAGCGAUAACCUGUACCCAGAGAGCAUCACGAGUAGAGACUGUGCCCGGCUGGGUCCCCCACCUGAGGGCGAGUUUGUUGAGCUCCGGUGGACUGAUGGCAACAUCUACAGGGCCAAGUUCAUUUCCUCUGUGACCAGUCACAUCUACCAGGUGGAGUUCGAGGAUGGGUCCCAGCUGACAGUGAAGCGUGGUGACAUCUUCACCCUGGACGAGGAGCUCCCCAAGAGGGUCCGGUCCCGGCUGUCGGUCACCACGGGGGCCCCGCAGGAAAAUGUCUUCUCGGGAGAAGAGGUGAAGGCCGCCAAGCGCCCGCGGGUGGGCACCCCUCGCGCCGCGGAGGACUCGGGGCGGAACCCGGACUACCCGGCCUUCAUGGAGAGCCUCCUGCAGGCGCAGUGCUGGCCCGGAGCCCCGUUCUAGGACAGCCGGCCGCCCGGCGACCCCUUGGCCCAGCAAGGCAGGCGCGGCGGGCCCAGGCAUUUGCUUGCUGUGAAUCCCUGUCCUCGCCUCCGUGGCCCGAGAGGCUACCUCGGCGACAGGAGCGAGCAGGACGCCACACGCGCCUCCGGACUCAGGGAGCAGGGCCACGUGGGCUCUGGGGGGCCGGCGGGGGCACGCGCCACCCCCUCAACCCAGAUUCGUAAACCACGUAAGCUCUUCUUCUCGAAAAGGUGCUACUGCAUUGCCUGCCUCCUGAGCAGCCUUUGAGAUUGUGACUUCUGUACAUAAUCACCUUUGUGAGGUUCUUUCUAUAAAUACCUAUUGUUUAAAAAAAACGCAAGAAGAGAAGGAAAGAAACGGAAAAACAAGCCCCAAAGUUGUUUUCUAGAUUUGUGGCUUUAAAAACAACAAGACAAAAUGUACUUUUUCUCAGAACCAAGAUUGCUGCGGGAGAUGAAGGCAGCUCGUCUUUUCGUUUGUUGUGUUUUCUGGUCUCGCUGGUCUGUGAGUGGCGGGGAUGCACUGUAGCUGCGGUGAGGCCUGGGGGCACCCAGGGAUCCCGGACGGUGGCGCCUGGUCACUCACUCUCUCCCAGUCGUGAGAUCGAGAAGGUCCAGGUGGCUGGCACCGCCGCCAGCGCCCAAUGGAAGGAGACCGGCAGCUCCCUGGGUGGCCUGCCCCUUGUCUGCGUGGCCUUUUGCAAAAUAAACGCUCUCUCCUCUGGUGGCUCCAUCUUUUGCUUCUUCCCCUCGGGAGACCCAUCCCCCAGCUGAGGCCUCGGGUGGGCGGUCCUCGGGGGGUCCGGCUACGGCCCAGGUGUGCAGGGGGUCUUCCCCGGAACCCGAGGGGCUGGCACAUCCUGUAUCCUCUCCGUGACGCGUGGAUUUGUGUGUCCAGGAGAGAGAGAGCGCGAGGGAAUCGUUUUCAGCUCAGAGGAAAUCUGCCUCGUAAGGGUUGUGGGUUGAGUUUCCAGGCAAAAACGUGCUUCUUAGCCCCCCGCCUCUCAGCUGCCCCGCUGUCCCCUGUAGGGGGAUUGAGGGCGUCAUUUGCUUGUAUAGAACUUUUUUUAAUUUAAAAAAAGAGGCUCUAACGGUUGCCAGGCCAGAGAGAACCAUGUAAGGGAAGUGGAGAGCAACUUCCUUGAUGGGGAGGGGGCAGGUGACCUGGAGGGGCGGGUGGGGCGGGAGGUGCCAGGGGAGUCGGCGGAAUGUCUGGGUUUCCUCUGCAUGCAGCAGCCCCUGCCCCAGGGCGCUGUCACUGUGUUCAUAUGUAGUUUGAAAAUGCUAUUUAUAUUGUAAAGAGAAUAAAAGGAAGCGGGCAGACGCCCCUGCGGCCCUGGGUUGGGCGGUGGGCCGGCCCCCGUGACCGGUCCCUCUGGGUUGCUGCACCCCGUCCAUCGGUCGUGGGUUCCCAGACAACUCGUGCAGACAGGUGGUCUCACAGCAAAGGGGAACGCACACUUCCCCCAUGAAGAUAACAUCCGUGUCUGUGUGCGAAAGCAAAAAACAAACCCACCCACCCUGGUUUUUUUCCCACCUGAGAUUAAGGAUGCGCGCUGUAUUUUUGCCUAAUUCCCCUGCCUCUAGGUUCAUAAUGAAUUAAAGGCUCGCGAGCACUGCGAAUUACA